GCCAGCUUCGAAAGGGCGGGAAAGGCCGUUGGAGAGGGAGAGGCCAGCGGUUACUCACUCCAUGGCUGCGCAAAGGAGAGGCGGCGGCGGCCUCGGCUGAAGAAAGAAGGCAGGAGCGGAGAGCGCAGGCGCGGUUGCAGACACCGGUGGAUUUGCUUUGGGAGCCGGAGUAGCUGCUGCCACCAGAGUCUGGAGCCAUGAGCGGGUUUAAUUUUGGAGGCACUGGGGCCCCCACAGGCGGGUUCACCUUUGGCGCCGCAAAGACAGCAACAACCACGCCUGCUACGGGGUUUUCUUUCUCCACGUCUGGCACCGGCGGGUUUAAUUUUGGGACUCCCUCCCAGCCAGCUGCAAGCACCCCUUCGACCAGCCUGUUCUCACUCACCACCCAGGCUCCGGUGACACAGACCCCAGGAUUCAGUUUUGGAACCACAACUCCUGCAGCAGGAGCAACCGGAUUUUCCUUAGGCAUCAACAGCCCGAAGCUAAACGUGAGCGGCGCAGCCGCCACCCCGGCCACGACGCAGUCCGGUGGCUUUGGGCUCGGCGGCAGCACCCUCACCAAUGCCAUCUCGAGCGCCGUCACGUCAGCCCAGGGCACAGCGCCCACCGGCUUCGUGUUUGGCUCUACCGCCACGUCUGCUGCUCCGUCCACCACACCUGGUGGCUUCUCGUUCACGGGUGGAAGCGCGUCCCAGACCGGGACCUCCGGCUUCAACAUUGGCUCCAUGGGGAGUUCGGCCCAGCCCACGGCCCUCACCGGGCUGCCCUUCACGCCGGCCACGCCGGCGGCCACUGGAGCAGGGGCCACACAGCCAGCUGCUUCCGCACCCGCCGCCACCACCAGUGCCGGGCCCUCGCUCUUUGCCUCGCUUGCAACCGCUACAACCUCGUCUGCUGCCACCGGGCUCUCCCUUUGUGCCCCAGCCACCACGGCGGGAACGCCCGGAGUGGGGACGUUGGGCUUCAGCCUGAAGGCCCCCGGAGCAGCUUCCACCACCUCCACGGCGACCACCACCACCACCACCACCGCCACCACCGGCUUCUCCUUGAAUAUAAAACCACUGGCUCCAGCCGGGAUCCCCAGCAACACAGUGGCCUCCGGGACCGCCCCAGCUGGCCCCAGUGCAGCCACCGGGGUGUCCGCCAGCCCCGCGAUGACCUACGCCCAGCUGGAGAGUCUGAUCAACAAGUGGAGCCUGGAGCUGGAGGACCAGGAGCGGCACUUCCUACAGCAGGCCACGCAGGUCAACGCGUGGGACCGCACGCUGAUCGAGAACGGGGAGAAGAUCACCACCCUCCACCGCGAGGUCGAGAAGGUGAAGCUGGACCAGAAGAGGCUGGACCAGGAGCUCGACUUCAUCCUGUCUCAGCAGAAGGAGCUGGAGGACCUGCUGAGCCCGCUGGAGGAGUCGGUCAAGGAGCAGAGCGGGACGGUGUACCUGCAGCACGCCGACGAGGAGCGCGAGAAGACCUACAAGCUGGCCGAGAACAUCGACGCGCAGCUGAAGCGCAUGGCCCAGGACCUCAAGGACAUCAUCGAGCAUCUGAACACGUCGGGGGGCCCCGCCGACACCAGCGACCCUCUGCAGCAGAUCUGCAAGAUCCUCAACGCGCACAUGGACUCGCUGCAGUGGAUCGACCAGAACUCGGCCCUGCUGCAGAGGAAGGUGGAGGAGGUGACCAAGGUGUGCGAGGGCCGCCGCAAGGAGCAGGAGCGCAGCUUCCGCAUCACCUUCGACUGAGCCGGCUGCCCCGGGGGUGCACCGCGGGGCUGGGGACGUGCAGUUACUGUCCCGUUUGGGGCUUGCAGUGAAAUACAUGUUUGUUUGUUUCCUUCUUUCAAACAGUCGUGCUGUUGAGAGAACUGUUCUGUGGUUUGACUUUCCACCUUAGCGAAUGGAAAGGAUUCUCGGCGCUCCGGUCCAGGCAGCAGCCUCGCAGGUGUGGUUUCU